AUGGCGUCGUCGCGCCCAGGCUCGCGCCGCAUCAGUUCUGUCAGCAACUCCAAUACAGAACCUUUCCCUUCGAUCCCCGACUCACCAGCGGGCCCAAGUUCUGCCAACAACAAUACCACGACAACCACUACCACCACCACUACCACCGUCCAUAUCCCUCAUCGUGGGAGACCUUACACAGUAACCUCCACCCAGCCCACGAACCAAUCUCCCACCACUGUGGCAUCCACGCCCGACAACACCGUUAUUCCCAACUCGGCCGCCGUGACCCCGACCAUAACGAGAACUACCUAUACCGCGCCUCAAAUAAAUCAGAUCAACCAGAUCAACCGAUUCCGGCCAGUCGGGAUUAGGAGACUGCCCUCAGCGAACCUGCGAGCGGCAGCACAAGAUGAUGAAAAUCUGUCGAGUCAACCACCCAGUCGGGCUGCGUCUGGCAGAGGACGCAGUAGUUCUGCACCACAACGUCCGAACCUGGGCAUACCUGGCUUGAACCAACUAACGAGGCAAAGUACGAGACAAUCACUCCUGCCAACCCUCGCCGAAGCCCCAUCGGCGCCAGAACCCGCGCCGGCAGAUGGCACCGUGGAUCGAGACACGAUGAAUCAGAAUGUGACAGGCGGGGUGAGUAGAAGACGAAGUAUCAGCAACGCUGCACGUUCGAUCAUGAGCAGAAUGAGUGAAACGUCGAGGGAACGACAAGAACCUGAGUAUGAAUCAGAAGUUGUCGACCUGCUCGAUGUUCUUGAUCCCGAAGUCUCGACGCUGACUACUCUGAACAACGUCCAAAACUCACUCUUUGUGCCAGAUCUUGGGAGAUGGUUAAACCGAAGACCAACCUAUACGCUGAUUACCACCGAGGCGGCACCCAUAGAAGAGCCACCGGUGGGAGCCCCAGAGGAGGAGAAAGAGGGAACGGGUGCCCCCACCACCAUGCAAAGGACCUGGUCAUGGCAGCGCAAACCCCAGAUUGAGCGCACCCACAGUAUUUCAUCAGUUGUCACAGACUCCCACUUCGCCGUACUACCACAUGGUGUGUCCCUAGAGGGAUGGAGUGACGAGGACAAGGAGGCGCUGGAUGAUCAUGUCAGGCACAUGUUGCACUCGAAACGCUCCAAGUUCAAACAGAGAAUGGUUGCCUUUGGGAAGUACAUCUCAAAACCACUCGGGUUUUUUGUGUUUCUGUAUGCAACCCUAAUUACUUUGUUUGGUUUGGCCUGGGUUCUUUUCUUAAUCGGUUGGAUUUAUGUGGGAGACCGACAAGAGUACGACAUCAAUGUAAUCGACAAUGUGCUGGUCGCCCUGUUUGCGGUUGUUGGUGAUGGUCUGGCACCAUUCCGAGCUGUCGACACAUAUCACAUGUGCUUUAUCGCUCACUAUCACCACCUGACUUGGAGGCUAAGACGAGAAAGAGGCAUGCCAAAGCUGCGUGAUCACAACGACCUCCCUGCUCAAACGGAAAAGGAAGCCGACCCCGAGUCUGUGGUGCCGGAGGACUCGGAGUUCUCGGUUUUGACGCACAAGCAACAGCAAAAGCUCAUGCACCAUCAAGCAAAGUUCUCCAAGUCGCAUUCAUUCUACAAGCCUCACGAAACGGGAACUCAUUAUGCCUUCCCAUUACGCUUACUGGUGGCCAUCGUUGUCUUGCUGGAUUGUCAUUCACUCUUCCAGAUCGCGCUCGGCACCUGUACUUGGGCGAUCAGCUAUCACACCCGACCACAAGCUCUGACGGCGACGAUCCUCUCGUGUUCCAUCACGUGCAAUAUCGUGGCGGGUAUUUUGAUCGCCAUCGGUGACCGAAAGACCCGCAAGAAGGACGUGGCUUUGAAGAUGCAACGACAAGCCUUGACCAAGACAGCCAUAAAGAAGGUGGAAAAGCACAAGCGAGAGAGAAUGGAAAACGCACUCGAGGAUCAAGGGCGAGAUAUUAAUUUUGAAGUCAUCGACGAAGAGACUGCUGACCAGGUUAAUUCGAGGAGUCAUUAG